CAAGAGGCGGGGCUCAGGAGGAGAGACUUCCGGGCGGCGCGGAGAGGAAAAAUUGAGGCUUGCUGUGCCAGAGCCUCCGCUGCCUCCGGGAAGGAUCAUGUCUACAGGGUGGGGGGCCACAGCCCCCCAGGACCCCCAGACUGCCCCCUGGGGUCCCUGGAAGCAGGAGGCCCCGGCCUGGGGCCCUGAGACUUGCCGCCGGCUCUUCCGGACCUUCCGCUACCAGGAGGCAGCGGGUCCCCGCGAGGCUCUGGGGCGGCUGCGGGAGCUGUGCUGGAGGUGGCUGCGCCCCGAGAGCCUCAGCAAGGAGCAGAUGCUGGAGCUGCUGGUGCUGGAGCAAUUCCUGAGCGUCCUGCCCCCAGAGAUCCAGGCCUGGGUGCGAGAGCAGUGUCCUGAGACUGGCGAGGAGGCUGUGAGCCUGGUGGAGGGCCUGCAGGUCGCGGUCGGUGCACGUGGGGAGAAGGCGCAGGUGGAGGAGAUCCCCGAGGUGUCUCAGCCGGACGCCAGGGUCAGUGGCAGCUGCGUGGCCUCCCCGUGGCCCAGUUCUCCCGGGCAGCUGGGCCAUCUCCUGGGACGCCCUCCAGUUCCCAUCUCUGAGGUGACCAUCAGUCAGGAAGGAGGGGAGAAGCCGGGGGCUCUGGACCUGCCUGGAGACAGGAGCGCAGGUUGUGGGACGGAGACCAAGGACCAGAAAUGGGCUCCCAAGCAGGAAGUGUCCGAAGGAGAGUCACAGGCAGGAAGGUGGGAGGCUUCCCAGGGGGUGCAGCGCAGAGGAGCCUGGGAUCGUCUGGGGGGUCCAGAAAGGCAGCGGGGGCCCUUCCUGGAGGAGGAGCUGAAGAGGUCCCCGUCUUUGGAAAGAGAUUUCAGGAAGCCUCCCCCCAAGAGGGCUGAGAAAGCGCGGGCCCACCUCGGGCAGGGCGGGGAGUCGGGUCAGGUCGCCCACAGACGCGGGCCUGCGGUAGCCAGACCCCACGUGUGCGAGCUGUGCAAUCAGAGCUUUAAGGCGGGGGCUGAGCUGACCAAGCACCAGAAGCUCCACACGGGGGAGAAGCCCUGCAGGUGCGACGAGUGCGGGAAGGUGUUCAGCCAGAGCUCCUACCUGCUCCAGCACCAGAGAGUCCACACCGGCGAGAAGCCCUACCCGUGCCGCGAGUGCGGGAAAGCCUUCGCCUGGAGCUCCAACCUGAUCCAGCACCAGAGGAUCCACACAGGGGAGAAGCCCUACGAGUGCGGGGAGUGCGGGAAGGCCUUCCGGGCGCACUCACAGCUCAUCCACCACCAGAAGAUCCACACCGGUGAGAAGCCCUACCAGUGCCACGAGUGCGGGAAGUCCUUUGGCAGGAGCACCACGCUCAUCCAGCACCAGAGGAUCCACACCGGCGAGAAGCCCUACCAGUGCAAUGAGUGCGGGAAGGCCUUCAACUGGAACUCCAACUUCAUCGAGCACCAGCGCAUCCACACCGGGGAGCGGCCGCACGAGUGCAACGAGUGCGGGAAGGCCUUCAGCCAGAGCUCCAACCUCAUCGAGCACCUCAAGAUCCACACGGGGGAGAAGCCCCACGAGUGCCGCCAGUGCGGGAAGGCCUUCAUGAGGAGCUCGGGCCUGCGGCAGCACCAGCGCAUCCACACCGGCGAGAAGCCCUACCCCUGCCACGAGUGUGGGAAGACCUUCCGCGAGAGCUCGCAGCUCAUCCAGCACCAGCGCAUCCACACCGGGGAGCGGCCCUUCGAGUGCCCCGAGUGCGGGAAGGCCUUCAUCCUGAUCUCCAACCUCACGGAGCACCAGAGGAUCCACACGGGGGAGAAGCCGCACGAGUGCCCCGAGUGCGGGAAGGCCUUCAGCCAGCGGUCGAACCUCAUCAGCCACCAGAGGAUCCACACCGGGGAGAAGCCCUACGAGUGCGCCGAGUGCGGCAAGACUUUCAAGGGCAGCUCCGGCCUGGUCCACCACCAGCGCAUUCACACGGGCGAGAGGCCCUACGCGUGCAACGAGUGCGGCAAGACCUUCCGCGGGAGCUCCGAGCUGAGGCAGCACCAGAGGCUACAUUCCGGGGAGAAGCCCUUCGUGUGCAGCCAGUGCGGGAAGGCCUUCGUCCGCAACUCGGAGCUCAUCAGCCACCGGCGGAUCCACACCGGGGAGAGGCCCUACAAGUGCGGCGUGUGCGGCAAGCCCUUCAGCCACCGCUCCAACCUCAAUGAGCACCAGAAGAGACACGCGGGGCUGCCGCUGAAGCCGUGAGCCAAAGGCUGGACGCCGGCGCCGAGGGGGCGGCCCCCGCGCGCACCCACGGAGGCGGGAACCCUGGCGGCCGGCUCCUCCCACCGAACCGGGAAAUAGCCGAAGGGCAGCGCGGGGAAGGGGUCCCUCCUUGGGCCGGGCUCAGAGCGAGCCUCGGAGCGAAGGACGCUGAGCAGCUCCCUCGUCCCUCGCACCCGUCUUCCACAGGCAGAUGAUUGGUGGAGGCGGACCGGACCGGUGAUGACUCUGGGGUGCCACCCUGACAGUCACCAGAGCAGCGGGCACAGUGAGGAGGCGGGUCCGAGGAGAGGCCGGCAGGGAGUGGCCGGAGGCUGUUUGGAGUCUGGUCUGGGGGCUCUUGGAGAACAGGGCCCGUCUCCCCUUCUCAGUAAGCAUCCUCGGUGCUGGCUGGUUCGUCCCCAGGGACUCCUCAUGGCCACCCCUAGAAUUCUGGGCCGGGCCUGGCAGCGGGGAAGGCUCCCCUUCGAGCUUGGGGCUCGGCAAGGCCACGGCCCUCUCACCUGUGUGCCAGAAGGCGCUCUUUGGGAGCAGCGGGCACUGAGCCCUGACCGUGACUCGCCUGACAUGACUCGCACCCAGAGGGCCAGGCUUGGGGCUGUUUCCCUCGGCCGAGGAGAACGCCAGCAGCGGCGGCCGUGACACAAAACAGGAGGCAUGUGGGUAGUCGGGGGGGCCAGGCCCCUGCUUCCAGGCUGGAAAAGGGCCACUGACCGAGUAGGCCCCUUUGUAGCCUCAGGCUGUACCCCCUCCCCCAUAUCCCAGGCAAGUGCCUGAGCCUUCCUUGGGGGGUCCUGUGGGGGGAAAGUCAUUGCAAAGGGAGGAUGGGGGUGCCUGGCAGAGAACCCCAUGUGUCCAACCGCCCACGGCCCUGAGGGGUCCUGCUAGGGAAAGCCGUAACCGGGUGCGGGUGGCCAGGACCCGCCCUCGCUGCGUCCCCCUCACGAGCGGUGGGUGGUGCCCACCCCAGGGUGCAGGCUGCGGCCAAGCCCGGGGACCCGUGCCCCAAAUCGAAACUGCUUGAUGAGCCUGAUGCAAAUCCCCUUGGCAGCUCCUGUUCCCUUUGCCUUCUGUAAUGACCGGGGAACCUUCAGGGGUCCUUGGGGGGAUCCGCUGAACAAUCUGUCCCAGAAUGCACUGGGGGACCAUCCCCAUGGUAAGAACCAGCUGGAGUUAUUAAACUGCUCGUGUCGUCCU